AUGUAUGAGACACUUGUGAGUUUCCUUAUAUUGUUAGCAUUCAUCAUACUCCUUUACCUGCUUAUUCGUAAUGUCAUCUCUCUGGUGGAACUUGCACGUAUUCGCCGUAGUAUUAAGAAACGACAGCCACCCAUUGUUGUUCCUUUUUUAGUGUUUACCACUCGUCCACUGCGGGAAAUUCUCAAAACACACAUGGCGUCGCAAGUUGUUGCCUUGCAAGGAGCACCGUUGGUGUAUGGACUAACAAUGCCAUUACAGUUGCAAAUGCAAACAGCCCCUUUUUCUGGUGUUCACGUGCAAUUGUGUAAAACGGCUGAACACACUGCUUCUGUUAAUGUUAAUGCUAAUGCUAAUGGUGAUUCUCCUGUACGAGGUAGUAGUGAGGAACGGCAGAUGGUGGAGGAACCAAAUGUGGAGAAUGAAAAGUCUGUAAAGCGAAGGAAUCGUGAUGGGGCGAGUGAAGUGGCGAUUUCUAUAUUUACAACACCGCAAAAGCGAAAAGAUACAUUUGAAAAUUGUACACAUCGACAUGAACAGCCAUCAUUGGAAUUUAUGGGUAUAGGUAUGGGUAACAGAAAUAGCCGUAGCGGCGGUAGCAGUAUAAACAAUCCGAAUAUAAUUAGUAGUGAUCCACUAGGAAUUUUAAUGUCCCGUCCUCAACUCGUCAUUAAUUUUUGUCUGGAAAGUACAGUACGAUUUAAUAAUUUGUGGUUACAUCGUGUGGAUGUUAAUUCCCCACUCGUGGAUGCAACAGAGAAACUUUCUCUUUCUCCCUCCACACGUGGUAAUGGUGAAACGACAAAUAUGAUGCUUCCAGACAGUAUGGCGAAGUUAAAUGGAUCUAAUGCUGUUUCUAUGUUUAGUGUUGAUCGUAGAGAAAGUAUUCUUUCUAAUAGUGAUAACUCCUCUCCCUUACAGCUCCGAUGUGUCUGUUUUAUUGGGGCGAAUGAUGUGGAAAUUAUGAGGGCUGUUACGGUAAACACAACCAAAACAUUUGGGUCUAGUCAACUCACAUAUCACUGUUAUUACAGUGAUGUAGAUGAGGCAAACUGUGCACGGGAACGUAUGAAAUUGAUGGAUUGGCAUAAUCGACAAAAAUUAGGAGCACGUUUUCGUAGAAAUGAUGAUGAUUCCAUGUCAUUAAGUAGAUAUUAUUCACUAGAGGAUGUUGUACUGCAGAUGAAUGAUCAGAUGCUUCCACACCCAUACUAUUACCAACACCAGCAUAACUACUAUCAUAAUAUGUAUGGUAGUAGAAGUAAUAGUAAUCAUUAUCAUCACCAGUAUAAUCACCAGUAUAAUCAAUUCCAAGGGAAUUUAUCUAAAUCAGGUAUAGAUCUGGGGUUUUCAUCUAGAGAAUCAUUUGAUUCCCAAACUACCGUGAUUGGCCGUACACGAUCAUGGCAUCGAAGUUCACAAUCCAAUGCCGUAACGGAAACUUUUCUGGAAGCGUCUAUGAACUAUAUUGGAGUAGGAGAUGGUAGUACACAAGAUGUCCAUCAAACUCUUGAAGAGGGAGAAAUAAAAGAAAAACAUGAAAAACGUAUAAAUAAGAAAAAAGAACACAUAAAAGUAUCAUCUUCUCAUGAAGAGCAAAGUAUGCAAAGAGAAAGUAUGGAGUCAAGUGAUGAUAGAGAGUUUGUUACUGCAGUCUCUACGGCGGCGGUAAGCAUUACAUCUUCCUCUGAAUCAACCUGGAUGGAUUCCUCCUCUUCAAGUGAUGAUAGUCAACGUACAGUGGCUGAUGGAUGUAAUAAUAAAAGAAAAAGAAUAAUACAUAAAAAGAAAAGAAACAUUGGUUUGGGAAAUAAAAUACAUACAGAUAAUGAAGAAGAAGAUCAUGAUGAUGAUGAAGAAGAAGAAGAAACCGCAACGACGGUAACGGCUUGUUUUUCUCCUAAUGCUAUUCCUUCUACGUGUCCAGCUAUGAAUUGGAAACAUGAUACGACGGAGGAUUUAUUCUGUUUACCACCAGCAUACAUGAGAACACGACACAAUUCAAAUAAUAGUAACAAUAGUAAUAAUAGUAUAACUACAAUGUAUAAAGGAGAAAUCUCUAUUUUGCCGAUUAUGGUUCGUUCCGAUGUUUCCUCACCGGUUGCCUUAAGAGUAGAUACAGUAGAUCUUACCAUCGCCGCUAUUACGAAGUUCUAUAUAAAUCAUUCUACAACUUCUUUGACUGGAGUACAUGUAGGUACAGGAGUCACACUGGAUAGAGAAGACAUUAACUCGCAACGGAGUCUAAAGAGAAAAUGUAAAGAACAUCAUUAUCAAACAAAUCAACAACAACAACAACAAGGAGAAGGAGAAGGACAAAAAGAAGAACAAGAACAACAAAAAUAUCAACAAAGUCGUAAAGGACAGAAAAAUACAACAAACAUGAUGAAUGGAACACGUAUGGAAUUAAUUGAACAACGUCAACAUCCCAUCACACUUGCCUUUAUGCUCACACCACAAUCAACACAAGGACGACGUGAGCGGCGAUCACUGGUGAGUCUGCAGAAAUCUCAUCCAGUGGAAUGUAUUGUAUGUGUAUACUCCUCACUUGUGCCGACAGAAGAAACACGUGGAAAGGGAUCCACACCCGCAAACACAAAAACAACAUCAUCAACAACAACAACAACAACAACAACAGCAGCAACAACAACAAAAAGAAGAAGAAAUGGAGGAAGAAGUACUUAUCAUACGCACUCACCAUGGCGAGAAAUUGAUGAAACUAUUCCAUCGCGUGAGUGUGAGGAAUCUCGAAAGUUGUUCUCAGGAGAUGAUGAGAUGAUGGAGACUUCCACCUCCUUUGGAUUAGAUAAGGUAGCGGCUCUAUUGGAUGCUAUGCAUAGUGAUAGAGGUGUGGAUAUGCCUAUGGAAUUACAAUAUAUACGAGUUGGAAGUGAUCUCUAUGCGGUACGUCCAAUUUCUGACCAAACGUUUGUACAAUAUAAAGAGGAACGUGUUAUUAUUGGUUCCCAAAAUAAUAAUAAUAAUAAUAAUAAUAAUAAUAAUAAUAAUAACGACAGCAGUAUAGGGAGCAAUAAUAAUAGUAAAACCAAUAUGAACAACGGUAUGGAGACAAGCCGUGGGAGACAACGUUCAUCCACCUAUCGUAUUGGAGCGGCAUCUUAUUCAUUAACUUCACCAUCACAGAAUGGUCUUGAGCAACAGGUGGUUCGAAUGUGUUGGUUUUGUCUACGUACAGAAGCAAAUAUUAUUUUCCUUCCAUGUGCACAUUUUGCGGUGUGUUUUAAUUGUAGUGAGGAAAUGCGUGAGUGUUGUAUUUGUCACACUCCUAUUCGGGCCACUAUAGUGCUACGUAAACCGGUAGAAUAUUAA